GCACCAUUCGAAGCUACACGAUGCUGAAGCAACUGCGCCGAGGGCUCCUGCCGGGCCGCCGCCACGUCUUCGCCCAUGGCGAGCGGUCCAUCUCGGGUCUGCGAGUGCUCUUCUUUGGCACGGACAACGUGUCGCUACCGACGCUUGAGCUGCUGCAUGCGCACAUGCAGUCGACGAGUGAUGCGCCGCCGCUCGUGCGCGAGAUCGAGGUCAUCUGCCCACCGGACCGCAAGAUGGCGCGGAAGCGAACGAAAGCGCCCGUGCCCGUCAAGCAGUUUGCACUUGAAAACAACUUGGCCGUGCACCACAUUCCCGACGGCGUGAAGAGCUUGAAGGACUGGACGAUGCCGGUGACCAAGGACUUUGACGUUGGCGUCGUCGUCUCGUUCGGUUACUUUCUCCAUCCGCACAUGCUCGAGCACGUCAAGCACGGCGCCAUCAACAUGCACCCGUCGCUGUUGCCCAAGUAUCGCGGCCCGGCGCCGAUUCCGCGCACGCUCUGGCAUGGCGACGCGGUCACAGGCGUCUCGGUCAUCGAGAUCGAUCCCACGGCCUUUGACGUUGGACGCAUUCUGGACCAAACCACCAUGGACGUUCCGCCAGCGUCGACCUUCCACAGCCUAUCGGACGUCUUGGCGCGGGCGGGUGCACAGCGCGUCAUCGCAACCCUCCGUGACUUGCCGGCCAAGAAGGCGUCGGCCAUCGUGCAGGACGAAGCGCUGGCGACAAAAGCACCCAAAAUGAAGCGCGAGCACGGGCUUGUGGCGUGGACCGAGACGGCGCAGCGGCUCUACUGCAUGUGGCAGGCGGUCGGCGAGACCUUUGGCGUCCUCGCGUCGUUCCAAGGCGUGCCCGUCAAGCUGCUCGAGAUGCGUCUGCCGACUCUGGACGACCGGGCGUCCCUUGCUGCGGUCGAGACGUUUUCGUUGCCGACGGGGGCGUGCUACUUUGACAAAGGUCUCCAGGCGCUCGUCGUCAAGUGCGUCGACGACGUGGUCCUUGUGACCAAGCUCCAGGCCGAGAACCGCAACCCGGGCCGCGCGAUCGAUUUCGCCAACGGGCACCGCAUGAAGCCGCGCGCGGUGCAUAGCUUUGACCUGCCCUAGUCUCGGUGCUGCUUGCCUCUCAAGAUGACACCACCAACCUCCCAUGUGAUCAUAUAUCAACACACACA